AUGGCCGUGGCCGUGGCCGGGUGGCCGUGGCCGGGUGGCCGUGGCCGGGUGGCCGUGGCCGGGCGGCCACGCGGGUGGCCGUGGCCGGGUGGCCGGGUGGCCGUGGCCGGGUGGCCGUGGCUGUGGCCGGGGCGAUGGGGCGGAUGGCCGGGUGGCCGGAUGGCCGGGUGGCCGGAUGGCCGGAUGGCCGGGUGGCCGGAUGGCCGCCUGGGUGGGUGGGCAGGUGGGCGGGUGGGCGGGUGUGGCCGGGUGGCCGUGGCCGUGGCCGUGGCCGGAUGGCCGGUUGGCCGGGAUUUGUGGGUGGGUGGCGACAACACGAUCACUCCAUGCAGUUCAGCAGUUAAGUUCUUGCCUCUGUUGUCAAAGCUCUAUUUGACAAUCGCCUUCAUUAUCACAUGGAAUAGCCACAGGAAGCCAGCAGCAGUAGCAUUUCUUUCACGGGAGGAGGAGAUGGAUGAAGUGAACAAAAGGAAACAGGUGGCCGGCUGGCGGGUGGCCGGAUGGCCGGGUGUGGCCGUGUGGCCGUGUGGCCGUGUGGCCGUGUGGCCAUGUGGCCAUGUGGCCGUGUGGCCGUGGUCGUGUGGCCGUGGUCGGGUGGCCGUGGCCGUGGCCGUGGCCGUGGCCGCGUGGCCGCGUGGCCGCGUGGCCGGGUGGCCGGGUGGCCGUGGUCGUGGUCGUGGCCGUGGCCGGGUGGCCGGGUGGCCGGGUGGCCGGGUGGCCGGGUGGCUGUGGCCGUGGCCGUGGCCGGGCCGUGGCCGUGGCCGGGAUGGCCGGCAACUAAAAAAAGCUAUUGUGCCGGAGACCACCUUAGCCGAUCCCAAGUGCCCACGGCCUUUGCCAACCGCAACCCGAAAGGUCAUGUAG